AUGGGAAUUCUAUCAUAUGUUGGUAGUUUUUUUGAUACAGCUCCACCAAAUCAAAUGUUUUCGGAUCGCUAUGUACUUGUUACUGGAUGUGAUUCCAUUGUCGGUAAUUGGGUCGCAAGAGCUCUACACAAAAGGGGCUAUUAUGUAUUUGCUGGAUGUCUGACAGAAACAGCAUUCAAAGAAUUUCUCGCACACAAUUCUGCCCCAAAUUUCAGACCUUUUUUAUUUGAUAUCACAAAAGAUACAUCUAUUCAACAAUGUGCUAGAAUGGUCGCUCAUGAAACAAAAGAUAAAGGCUUAUUUGCAUUGGUUAAUAGCGCAGGUUGUAAUGAAGGAUUUGCAUUCGAGUUCACUUCUAAUGAUCAAAUCUUAAAAACCAUGGAUGUAAAUUUUAUGGGACCAACCAAAAUAAUUAAAGCUUUGUUGCCCAGUCUAAAACAAAAUAUUAGAUAUAACCUCAAAAAAGCACAAAAACACCAGGAUAUAUCACCAAGAAUUGUAAUGAUGACUUCUGUAUUGGGCAGAACAACCAUACCAUUCUAUGGUGCAUAUAGUGCAUCUAAACAUGCUUUAGAAGCUAUGCUUGAUACUGUUAGAGUUGAGUUAUUGCCAUGGAAAAUCCAUAUUUCGAUGAUUGAAUCAGUUCCUUUGACAAGCAGAUUAACUCAUCCUGAUCUUUUGGAAAUCUCUAAAAAAUUCUUUGCUUCUCCAGAAAUUACUCAACAAACUCUUACUCUUUAUGGCGAGGAUUAUAUUCAAAAGGCUAUUGAAUUUUGGCAAAAACUUCAUUCUAGUCAUGAUGAUCCUAACAAAGAGAUUGUAAGAACUGUUGUUGAAGCUAUUGAAAUUGGUUUUCCUAAAGAUCGUUAUGUUAUUGGAACUAUUGCCAAAGUACAAGUUUUCGUACAUAAUGUUUUACCUAGGUGGGUACUUGAUUUGGCUUGGGGUAGUUUGAUUAGAUUAGUUGGUGUUUGGCCAAAAGAAGUAAGGGAGUUGGAAGAUGUUCAUAAUGACAGUAGUCAAUUAUGGACAGACAAAGUUUUAUCAGAAAUUCCAUUAUUCCUUGCCAAAUGCAGGAAUCAAAGUAUUUUUAAAGACUUUGAUGAAUUAAAUAUUAAAGCAAAAUAUGAUGAUGAUGUUGAUGUUAUAACUUUUGAAAAAAGAAUUCAAGACAAAGAUAAACCUAAACCUUCAUCUGAUGCAAUGAUCAUUGAGAGUGUAAAAAAUAAAUCUAGGCAACCAAGAGUCGAAAUGUGUGACGAAAGUGACGAAAUUACUAGCUUAAAAAGUUAUACAAGCCAAAUUCCCGAGAUGCAUACUGAAUAA